AUGCAAGGCACGCUCCUCCCGAGGGUGUGUGAUAAAGGCAGAAGUGAAGUUACGGUUGAGGGGAAGCUGAAAACACUACGUCGGAAGGAAGAGGUAGGUGAAAUUCGCUGGUGGUAGUUGUUCAAUAUGCCCGGCAGCUGACAUCUCGCUGUACCCAAUUAUAAGGUAAAUUUAUUGGAUUGAAAUGGCGCAGUGACUGGACCAGAUAUAGCGAGGAAGCGCUUCAUAUAAGAAUAGAACAGAAUCUGCGAGCGACGUGUGAUCUACAGGUGCACUGGUAACACUAUCCCUGUUGUUGACGGCUGAGGUGCAAAUUAUAUAUAGUUUAACAGAAGUGUUCUCAAAAUGAAACGACAACUACCAGUUUUUCCCCACCGAUUUUCACCGUACAAUGAAAUGCCUAGUAGGAUAGGAAAAUGUAUCCCAAUACAGUUUAAUUGAGGUUGCGCAUAAGCUAGUCUACAUAUCAUUUUAAAUGUUGAUAUUUGGUUGGGUUGUUAACCAAACACAUUAAUUUUGUAAUGCAGUAAAUAGCCUAAAGUUAAGGCUAUCUUACAAACUAAUGUAACGGUAUUUAUUCAACCUUUAAAAUGAGUAACAUCCGUGUCUACAUUUUGAGGUUAGCCCAAUAUAACUAUUAAUGUCUUCUUAUGUAAUCAUAGAAAGCGUGUAUGUUCAAGAUAACAUGCAAAAGUCGCAGGUCUUCACAAUUGCUAUAAAAAUCUUCGCAGAAUCUCGAACAGCAUUGAUCACUUGCACUAUGUACUUUAAAAGUGAACUCAACGGCAAUCCAGGACAUUUGGUUGUGCUGUUAGAUGAAGCACAGUGAUAACACAUGAAGUUGUUGUAUAAAUACAAAAUAUCUAACAUUGUAUUCCCAUUGGACCUUUUUUCUCCUUUUAAAUGAUUGAACACGCAGUGAUAACACAUUUAGAUGACAACUAAACCAAAAAUCAGACAUUGUUUUUCCAUUGGAAUUUGGUUGUGCUUUUAUACUGAACAAAAAUAUAAACGCAACAAUUUCAAAGAUUUUACUGAGUUACAGUUCAUAUAAGGAAAUCAGUCAAUUUAAAUGAAUUAAUUAGGCCCUAAUCUAUGGAUUUCACGUGACUGGGCAGGGGUGCAGCCAUGGGUGGGCCUGGGCGGGCAUAGGCCGACCCACUGGGCAGCUAGGUCCACCCACUGGGGAGACAGGCCCAAACAAUCAGAAUACGUUUUUCCCCACAAAAGGGCUGUAUUAUAGACAGAAAUACUCCUCAGCACCCCCCACCCCACCGCAGACUGCGUCUGCGUUUGUGAGGCCGGUUGGACGUACUGCCAAAUUCUCUAAAACGACUUUGGAGGCAGCUUAUGGUAGAGAAAUUAACAUUAAAUUCUGUGGCAACAGCUCUGUUGGACAUUCUUGGAGUCAGCAUGCCAAUUGUACGCUCCCUCAAAACUUGAGACAUCUGUGGCAUUGUGUUGUGACAAAACUGCACAUUUUAGUGGCCUUUUAUUGUCACCAGCACAAGGUGCACCUGUGUAAUGAUCAUGCUGUUUAAUCAGGUUCUUGAUAUGCCACACCUGUCAGCUAGAUGGAUUAUCUUGGCAAAGGAGAAAUGCUCACUAACAGGGAUGUAAACAAAUUUGUGCACAACAUUUUAGAGAUACGCUUUUUGUGUAUGGAAUAUUUCAGGGAUUUUUAAUUUCAGCUCAUGACACAUGGGACCAACUUUACAUGUUGCGUUUACAUUUUUGUUCAGUGUAGAUAGUUGUAAGCAUAGUGAUAUCACAUUGGGAAUUCUACAAACUUUUGGCAAUUUUUGAGUGGGUGAAUAAAGGUUGAAAUCUCAUUGAUCAACGUCAACCAAAUAUUACCCACAUUUCCAUGUUGAAGUGACGUGGUGUUCCCAGGGGGAUAUUAAAUGAAUUUGGCCAAGGGGUAUGUCAAACAAAUUUAGAGGGUACAAUAAAAUACAAUGUAAUAGUAUUCAUCAACAAUAGGCUACCCUUAGAUGCACAACAGGGCCUGGGAGGCUCACAGUACUCCAUCCACUAUCCAGUUUUCAACUCAAUACUUGUAUUCGCUAAAAAAUGUUAUUUAAGAUUUAAAACUGCAAAAUGUUCUCUUUGUCCCAUGGCAAAAUGUGUAGAAUUUCCCGAGACGUGGUUAGGCCAGCCAUGCGCUGCAGCAGUCAUAGUAAAACAACUUGUAUGCUAUUUUUAUCGCAUUCUAAAGUCAGAGUUGUGUUCUGAUUUUGACGCUGUCCCUGAUUAAUUGAAAUCUCAAAAGGGGUCCCUGAACCCCUGGGCUAGCCUACCUGCCUACCAAUAUUACAUUUAAAAAUUGAGUCUCUUUUCUUUUCUUUUCUUUUCUUUUCCUUUCUUUCUUUCUUUCUUUCUUCUUUUCUUUCUUUCUUUCUUUCUUUCUUUCUUUCUUUCUUUCUUUCUUUCUUUCUUUCUUUCUUUCUUUCUUUCUUUCUUUCUUUCUUUCUUUCUUUCUUUCUUUCUUUCUUUCUUUCUUUCUUUCUUUCUUUCUUUCUUUCUUUCUUUCUUUCUUUCUUUCUUUCUUUCUUUCUUUCUUACUCUAGACAGGAUGAGGACAGGUGUCUGAGUAUCAGUAUGAGUUGUUGGCACAGAGUCAAGACAUGCCAGUGCCACAGACAAUUGUCUGGAGUUUCUGUCUGUCCGGACUCUAUGUCCUGAACCUUUCCGGCAGGGUACACAGCUCGCUCUAUUGCUCUCUCGCAUGUGUGACCUCAUCACUGCUUAUCUAUUUGUUGAUUGAUGGCCAACUAAUCCGUUUCCAAAUGUUUGUCCAUCCUCGAGUUAGUAUCAGGAGUAAUAGUAUGUUUUUUGAAGGAUUAUUUUUAUUAUGUCUUUUGUGGCCUAGUUAUACCUAGUUAUGUAAUACUAUUUGCUGAUGUAUUUAAGAACAUACACACACACACACACAUAAACAAACACUAAUUGGUGCUCAAAUAAGGAGCAGCAGCAAGCUUUACGUGAUACACAUUGAAAAUCUUGUACAUACAAUGGCCCUUUGUGUCCACUCAGUGGGAGCCCCAUAACGCUGCCACCCACUGUUGUUUGCUCUGUAGAAACAAUUACUGCACCUCACCCAGUCUAGUCUGCCUGCCUGAUCCAGGCAAUUUGUUCCUUUCGAAAUUGUAGUCUGCCAGCAUUCUUCUGAUCAUUAUAAGCACUAUAUCCUGCAUAGCAACACAAAACAAAGGAUAUAAUCUCACUGUCAACUGCGUUUAUUUUCAGCAAACUUAACAUGUGUAAAUAUUGUAUGAACAUAACAAGAUUCAACAACUGAGACAUAAACUGAACAAGUUCCACAGACAUGUGACUAACAGAAAUUGAAUUAUGUGUCCCUGAACAAAGGGGGGGUCAAAAUCAAAAGUAACAGUCAGUAUCUGGUGUGGCCACAAGCUGCAUUAAGUACUUCGGUGCAUCAGAUUUGCCAGUUCUUGCUGAGAGAUGUUACCCCACUCUUCAAACCAAGGCACCUGCAAGUUCCCGGACAUUUCUGGGGGGAAUGGCCCUAGCCCUCACCCUCCGAUCCAACAGGUCCCAGACGUGCUCAAUGGGAUUGAGAUCUGGGCUCUUUGCUGGCCAAUGCAGAACACUGAUAUUCCUGUCUUGCAGAAAAUCAUGCACAGAACGAGCACUAUUGCUGGUGGCAUUGUCAUGCUGGAGGGUCAUGUCAAGAUGAGCCUGCAGGAAGGGUACCACAUGAAGGAGGAGGAUGUCUUCCCUGUAACACACAGCGUUGAGAUUGCCUGCAAUGACAACAAGCUCAGUCCGAUGAUGCUGUGACACACCGCCCCAGACCAUUACAGAUCCUCCACCUCCAAAUCGAUCCCGCUCCAGAGUACAGGCCUCUGUGUAAUGCUCAUUCCUUCGACGAUAAACGCAAAUCCGACCAUCACCCCUGGUGAGACACAACCUUGACUCGUCAGUGAAGAGCACUUUUUGCCAGUCCUGUCUGGUCCAGCGAUGGUGGGUUUGUGCCCAUAGGCGACGUUGUUGCCGGUGAUAUCUGGUGAGGACCUGCCUUGCAAUAGGCCUACAAGCCCUCAGUCCAGCCUCUCUCAGCCUAUUGUGGACAGUCUGAGCACUGAUGGAGGGAUAAUUGGCAGUUGUUGUUGCCAUCCUGUACCUGUCCCGCAGGUGUGAUGUUCGGAUGUACCGAUCCUGUGCAGGUGUUGUUACAUGUGGUCUGCCACUGCGAGGAUGAUCAGCUGUCCGCCCUGUCUCCCUGUAGCGCUGUCUUAGGCGUCUCACAGUACGGACAUUGCAAUUUAUUGCCCUGGCCACAUCUGCAGUCCUCAUGCCUCCUUGCAGCAUGCCUAAGGCACGUUCACGCAGAUGAGCAGGGACCCUGGGCAUCUUUCUUUUUGUGUUUUUCAGAGUCACUAGAAAGGCCUCUUUAGUGUCCUAAGUUUUCAUAACUGUGACCUUAAUUGCCUACGGUCUGUAAGCUGUUAGUGUCUUAACGACCGUUCCACAGGUGCAUGUUCAUUAAUUGUUUAUGGUUCAUUGAACAAGCAUGGAAAACAGUGUUUAAACCCUUUACAAUGAAGAUCAAAUGAAGAUCAGUGAAGUUAUUUGGAUUUUUACGAAUUAUCUUUGAAAGACAGGGUCCUGAGAAAGGGAUGUUUCUUUUUUUUGCUGAGUUUAGCUUGUCAAUUUGAAAGAGAGAGAGAGCGCUUUGACGCUUGUUGUGCCAGCAUAGUGGUUGAGUAUGCAAUGGAGUUGGCAGCAGGUGUGAUGUUUUCAUUCUCAACUGUUGCUUCUGUGACUAAUACCGUGUCAUAACACUGAAACCGAGCAAGGUGUUAGGACAUGAAUACAUGUUGUGACAUUUUUCACGCACUAUGGAAAUACUGGUUUCCUUGUUUUUUUUAGGCACAUUGGCCAUUGGCUGUAAAUUAUAUUGUCACAAAACUCUGGCUGAACUCUUGAAACUACUGCAUGUGAUUACUAAGAUACUUUCACUCUCUCUCACUCACUCACUGAGCCAGGUCAUUUUAAUGGAGGUCCAAGGUCAAUGGCCGGAGGUCUUCGAGGGCUCUGACAGACAAGAGGACUCUGGUUGGGAGGAUGAACUGCUGGGUAGCUCCACAAUCACCUUGGCUCCUCUGGUGGCCAACCCUCCUCCCCCUCCCGUUCGCCGAUCCCAGCCCCUCGUCAUCCGCAGAAGCAGGUAGGCCUACCUGACUUGACUUACACAAUGGCCAUGACUCUUUGGUUGGCAGUGAAUGAGACGUUCGAAUAUUGGGUCAUAUGUCACAUCAUGUUUUUGUAACCUUCAUAAACAGACUAUCCUGAAAAUAGAGACACUUUUAAUAUAAAUGGAUUGUGUAAUCGAUUGGUUAUAUUGUGUGAAAAAUGUUAUUUUCCUUUUUAUACAUUGUUGUAUUAUUGUAUUUGCGACUCACUUGUUUUUAUACAUUUUUCCAGAAUGAAAAGCGUGGAACUGUCCUCUGUUCCCUCUAUACCCAAUCCCUUUCCAGAGCUGUGCAGCCCCUCUCAAUCCCCAGUCCUGAUUGGCUCUCUCUCACCGCCGAGAAGUGACACACAUGUAAGUUCAAGGGCUGAAUUCAGCCAAGCCUACAUUUAUAAUAUUAUUAUUAUUAUUAUUAUAAUGUGAUUGGCUAUGCAAUCUUCAGGGAUAUUUUGCUGCAUUCAUUUGAUUGGCCAUGGGUAGGUAGAACUGUCAUAUUGAUAACAUUGCCUCUUUGGAAUACAGUAUAAGUUAAUUUGACUGGGUCUGGCAGAGAGGCCUCCAGAGGGGGUAUCAUGGAUUAAUGUUAUUGACUGUGUGGUUCGCAGGGGUUAAUUUGAUUUGCAGAGGCCCCUGGGUAUGCUUGUGUGUAUUUAACGCCAGGCGACAGACUGACACAAUGCCAUAGAUGCUCCUGGGCAUGACAACACUCACUCACCACAUACAAGCGUGCCACACGCACAUUCUAAUACACACACAUAAAGACAAACAAAAACACACAAUUUUCCUCCAAUUACUUCCACGGUAUCUUUACUUGUGGUAUAGUUGCACAAACAAAUUCCAUAACGUUGUGACACCAUCCAUCACUGUCCGGAUUAACAUAGGUUUGAAGGUUAGUUUUUAAGGUCAGUAGAGCUAUGUUAGUAACUUUACGUUCAUGCAAUCUUCUCUUUGCCUCAGGCUAAAGCCUUAAAGUAGUUGCAUAUUUUUGAAAACAGCUCAGAACUGACCUUCGAUCUCCAUACAAAUAAAUGUCAGUUUACAUUCAAUGUAAGGCGAUUGUAAAAUGGCAAAUUAUGCCAUGUCAAGGACAUUUUGUUUAAAAUGCCCUACUUAUGUGUUUAAUGUACUGUAUGUACCUAGCUACUAGGUACAGAUUGGUUUUGUUUUGCCCCAUGGCUACUGCAAACAUCAGAGCAAAAAUGUUCAACAUUUCACUAAGCUAUUUUGCUGACGGGUUGAAUUCAGCGGAUAUUGAUAUCUUGCUCGGAAAGAAUGUGCAAACAUCCCCUAUGAGCAGCGUUGGAGAUUGUUAUUUUUUUAAAAUAACUUGUUACAGUGUUACUUACUAUGAAAAGUAACUUGUUACAUUACUUUUGCGUUACCAAACACCUCUGAAGAUGCCUUGCAUCUUAGUCAUUAAUUCCUAUGCCCAGUAAAAGGCGCACACUACCUUUUGAAUGGCUUGCAUAGCCUAAACAAGGGGUGCAACUUUCACUGGGGACAGGGGGGACACCCCCACAUUCUGAAAUAGCAUUUAUGCCCCCCCCCCAGUUUUAUCAUUGGAAUGUGAUACAAACGAGGCAACGGUGUGCUUUAGGACCAUGCGUACGCCUCCGAGCGGUCGGGUAGGCUGUUUGGAGUGUUUAUCUGACUGAAAAAAUAUGUAGUAAUUAUGUCCCCCUCCCACUUCUAAAACCAAAGUUGCGCCCCUGGCCUAAACUAUCUGCAGUCUAUAACUCUGGGCUAUACCAACUCUACUAAUAAUGACAGACGCAAUAUCUCCUUUACAAUACUUAAAACAAAUUAUUUGCCUUUGUUGAAUUAUUUACACAGUGCCUUCGGAAAGUAUUCAGACCCCUUGACUUUUUCCACGUUUUGUUACGUUACAGCCUUAUUCUAAAAUGGAUUUAAAAAAAAAAUAAUCCUCAUCAAUCUACACACAAUACCCCAUAAUGACGAAAAGCGAAAACAGGAUUUUUAGACAUUUAUGAAAUGUAUUACAAAAUAAAAACAGAUACCUAAUUUACAUAAGUAUUCAGACCCUUUGCUAUGAGACUCGAAAUUGAGCUCAGGUGCAUCCUGUUUCCAUUGAGCAUCCUUGAUGUUUCUACAACUUGAUUGGAGUCCACCUGUGGUAAAUUCAAUUGAUUGGACAUGAUUUGGAAAGGCACACACCCUUCUAUAUAAAGUCCCACAGUUGACAGUGCAUGUCAGAGCAAAAACCAAGCCAUGAGGUCGAAGGAAUUGUCCGUAGAGCUCCGAGACAGGAUUGUGUCGAGGCACAGAUCUGGGGAAGGGUACAACAUUUUUUUUGCAGCAUUGAAGGUCCCCAAGAACACAGUGGCCUCCAUCAUUCUUAAAUGGAAGUAGUUUGGAACCACCAAGACUCUUCCUAGAUCUGGCCGCCCAGCCAAACUGAGCAAUCUGGGGAGAAAGGCCUUGGUCAGGGAGGUGACCAAGAACCCGAUGGUCACUCUAACAGAGCUCUAGAGUUCCUCUGUGGAAAUGGGAGAACCAUCCAGAAGGACAACCAUCUCUGCAGCACUCCACUCAUUUUAUUUAUCUUACCUUUAUUUAACUAGGCAAGUCAGUUAAGAACAAAUUCUUAUUUACAAUGACCGACUACACCGGCCAAACCCGGAUGACGCUGGGCCAAUUGUGCUACAGCCUGGAAUCAAACCAGGGGGUCUGUAGUGAUGCCUCAAGCACUGGGAUGCAGUGCCUUAGACCGCUGCGCCACUCAGGAGCCCAUCAGGCCUUUAUGGUAGUGGCCAGACGGAAGCUAUAACAGCCUGCUUGGAGUUUGCCAAAAGGCACCUAAAGACUCUCAGACCACGAGAAACAAGAUUCUCUGGUCUGAUGAAACCAAGAUUGAACUCUUUGGCCGGAAUGCCAACCGUCACAUCUGGAGGAAACCUGGCACCAUCCCUACGGUGAAGCAUGGUGGUGGCAGCAUCAUGCUGUGGGGAUGUUUUUCAGCGGCAGGGACGUGGAGACUAGUCAGGAAAGAUGAACGGAGAAAAGUACUGAGAGAUCCUUGAUGAAAACCUGCUCCAGAGUGCUCAGAACCUCAGACUGGGGCGAAGGUUCACCUUCCAACAGGAGAACGACCCUAAGCACACAGCCAAGACAAUGCAGGAGUGGCUUCGGGACCUCUCUGAAUGUCCUUGAGUAGCCCAGCCAGAGCCCGGACUUGAACCCAAUCGAACAUCUCUGGAGAGAACUGAAAAUAGCUGUGUAGAGCUUGAGAGGAUCUGCAGAGAGAAAUGGGAGAAACUCCCCGAAUACAGAUGUGCCAAGCUUGUAGCGUCAUACCCAAGAAGACUCGAGGCAGUAAUCGCUGCCAAAGGUACUUCAACAAAGUACUGAGUAAAGGGUCUGAAUACUUACACUACCGGUCACUUACACACCUACUCAUUGAAAGGUUUAUCUUUAUUUUUACUAUUUUCUACAUUGUAGAAUAAUGAAAUAACACAUAUGGAAUCAUGUAGUAACCAAAAAAGUGUUAAACAAAUCUAAAUAUUUGGUAUAUUUGAUAUUCUUCAAAUAGCUACCCUUUGCCUUGAUGACAGCUUUGCACACUCUUGGUAUUCUCUCUACCAGCUUCACCUGGAAUGCUUUUCCAACAGUCUUGAAGGAGUUCCCACAUAUUCUGAGCACUUGUUGGCUGCUUUUCCUUCACUUUGCAGUCCGCCUCAUCCCAAACCAUCUCAAUUUGGUUGAGGUUGGGGGAUUGUGGAGGCCAGGUCAUCUGAUGCAGCACUCCAUCACUCUCCUUCUUGGUAAAAUAGCCCUUACACCGCCUGGAGGUGUGUUGGGUUAUUGUCCUGUUGAAAAACAAAUGAUAGUCCUGCUAAGCCCAAAGCAGAUGGGCUGGCGUAUCGCUGCAGAAUGCUGUGGUAGCAGUGCUGGUUAAGUGUGCCUUGAAUUCUCAAUAAAUCUCAGACCGUGUCACCAGCAAAGCACCCCCACACCAUAACACCACCACCUCCAUGCUUUACGGUGGGAAAUACACGUGCAGAGAUCAUCCGUUCACCCACACCGCAUCUCACAAAGACACGGCGGUUGGAACCAAAAAUCUCCAAUUUGGACUCCUGACUAAAGGACACUUUUCCACCGGUCUAAUGUCCAUUGCUCUUGUUUCUUGGCCCAAGCAAGUCUCUUCUUCAUAUUAGUGUCCUUUAGUAGUGGUUUCUUUGCAGCAAUUUGACCAUGAAGGCCUGAUUCACACAGUCUCCUCUGAAAAGUUGAUGUUGAGAUGUGUCUGUUACUUGAACUCUGUGAAGCAUUUAUUUGGGCUACAAUUUCUGAGGCUGGUAACUCUAAUGAACGUAUCCUCUGCAGCAGAGGUAACUCUGGGUCUUCCAUUCCUGUGGCUGUCCUCAUGAGAGCCAGUUUAAUCAUAGUGCUUGAUGGUUUUUGCGACUGUACUUGAAGAAACUUUCAAAGUUCUUGAAAUGUUCCGUAUUGACUGACCUUCAUGUCUUAAAGUAACGAUGGACUGUCAUUUCUCUUUGCUUAUUUGAGCUGAUCUUGCCAUAAUAUGGAAUUGGACUUUUACCAAAUAGGGCUAUCUUCUGUAUACCCCCCCUACCUUGCCACAACACAACUGAUUGGCUCAAACACAGUAAGAAGGAAAGAAAUUCCCCAAAAUUAACUUUUUAAGAAGGCACACUUGUUAUUUGAAAUGCAUUCCAGGUGACUACCUCAUGACGCUGGUUGAGAGAAUACCAAGAGUGUGCAAAGCUGUGAUGAAGGCAAAGGGUGGCUUUUUGAAGAAUCACACUUUUUUGGUUACUACAUGAUUCCAUAUGUGUUAUUUCAUAGUUUUGAUGUCUUCACUAUUAUUCUACAAUGUAGGAAAUAGUCAAAAUAAAGAAGAAACCUUGAAUGAGUAGGUUUUCUAAGACUUUUGACCGGUAGUGUAUUUACAUUUUAGUCAUUUAGCAGAUGUGAUAUGUCCGUUUUUUUUCUUCAAAUUUUUAUAAAUUUCCAAAUUUUCUAAAAACCUGCUUUUGCUUCGUCAUUAUGGGGUAUUGUGUGUAGAUUGAUGUGGGGGGGGAAAUUAUUUAAGCAAUUUUAGAAUAAGGCUGUAACGUAACAAAAUGUGGAAAAGGUCAAGGGGUCUGAAUACUUUGCGAAUGCACUGUAUCAAACCAACUGGGCAAAGUGAAAUGAGAGUUGAAAUAUCAGAACAACUGGCUACCAAUCUGUUUUACCCACUGAUAUGAACUGGGCAGAGAGAUAACUAUACAAUCACAUUGUGUUGUGACCUUUCCAUUAUGUUUAAUUUUAUAUUCUUAUCAACUGAGCCUAACUCUUAUCUAGCUACAUUGUUUGCUUUAUUACCAGACAAUAAAUGGGGCACUCGCCUGAACCCAAUGAUCCUGUGUUUGUGUGUGAAUCCUGCAAGUAGCAUCAGUCAAGAUUCAAUGGGUCACAUCUUGCCUUUUCUUCUACCAAUUCAAAGUAAUGCGAAUACUGCCACGAUAAAAGCUAUUGUCUCUCAUCUCGCUAGAUAUCUAACUGCCGGCUACCAUGCCAGCUACCCACCUCAACGUUCGUGCAGGAACAGGAAGAGCGUGACGAACGUUGCCUAGGUGGAGAGAUUACUUUUUUUUUUUUUUGCGCCAAGAAAGAAAAAGGGAAAUAAUAUUGUAGAAGUAACUGAUUACUUUAAAAAAAACAACGAACGCUUUAGUUUACUCGUUACCACCAAAAAGUAAUCGGAGAUUACUCUAACGCAUUACUUAACACUGCCCACGAGACUCCAAGCAUUUGUCCAUUAUCUGGCCUGUCGUCAUCUCUUGCGGAACGAGUCUGCGUUCGCUAAAUAACAGGUGAAGUUUAAAUCCGGUUGUACUGGUUUUGGAGUUGGCUGAGGAGAUCGCUAGAGGCUGCAUCGGGAGUGUCACAAGUCCUCAAUGUAACCUGUACCUGGCUCUCCUCUCAGGCCUUGGGGGCCCGGGCUAGGCCUUGUGCCAGUCCCAGCAGACCGGUUCUGGAACAAGGUAGGAGGAGGGACAGAGGAGGUGAAAGAUCUUGUAAAUAAGAGGGGGAGAGAGAGAGCGGUAGAGAGAUUGAACAAGACAAGUUCAAGGGGAGGGUGAAGUGUCAAGGGAGAUAAAGGAUUAUUUUGAGCUGUCACUAUAAAAGCUGUUGACUGAUUCUUGCCAUCAGAAACCCAGUCUCUCACCCUGGUUAAGCUUUGAUGUGACAGUUCCUAUUGCUAUUAAUUCCUAUUGUUCAUUUAUGAUGUUCAUUUAUGAUGUGCACUUUGCCCGUUGACACUAGCGUGCCAGCAGUAACAUCAUCUCUUUUUAAUCCUUUAAUUUAUUUUCAUUGUUUUGUUUUUUUGUUGCCUUGAUGUUGGAUUUGUUUUUGUUUGUGUUUGUCUUGGUAUGCAUGUGUAUGUACGUUGAAUAUUGCACAAUGUACUCCGUUUUCUCAAUGUAGUAUCUCUUUCUCUGUCUGGUUCUCUGUCUAGCUGAUCAAGGUGUUUGGUGAGGACAGUCACAGUCGGUCCCUGUGGGUGAUACCCAGGGCCACAGCCAGGGAUGUGUGCCAUUUGUUGGUGCAGACAGCCCACUGCAGCGACCAGGAGAACUGGGCUCUGAUAGAGCUGCAUCCAGCCCUGGGCCUGGGUAAGACUGGACUGCACACUGUCCAAACAUUGCCCAGCAAAAUGCCAUUAUUGGCAUUCCAAUUAUUUGCAAUUGUUUUUGGAAUGUUCGUGGGUUUUCUAAAGGCGAGUUUACAUCAAAAAGAUUAGACGAGAUGAGACAACUGGAGUACGGUGUCCAUAUUAGGACAGCGUCAGACUCAUAAGGAGUUGGUUUCAGACUCACUCUGACUUGAAAAAGCCUGCAUACCCAGUAGCACUCCAGGAGGUGGGUUGGCCACCCCUGUCCUACACUGUGUAAAGUAUUUCUCCCUGGGUUUUCCCCCCCAGAGCGAGUUCUGGAGGACCACGAGGUGGUGGUGGAGGUGCAGACUGCCUGGCCCCCAGAGAGCGACACCAAGCUUCUGUUCCGCAAGAACUACGCCAAAUAUGAGUUCUUCAGGAAACCUGUGGUAGGCCUGCUGAGCUCUUCUGCAUCCUCUAUCAUUUGUCUAGGAAGAGAAGCUAUUUCAAAGCCAAAUGCCAAAGGCCCUGCUCAAUACAUAGUCACUCAGAGAUCAGCUUAGAUGGAUGGAAGGAAAUUGUGAUGAACAGUAUAACAUACAAGGUGCUCUAACAUUAUGCAUUAUAUAAAAGGAUUCUGAUCGGAUCUUAUGUUAUGCCAGAUUGUUGGCUGUACUGCUUUUAGUCAGACGUAUGAGUAACUGUUUGUUAAUAAUCACUGUCAUCUAGACGUCCUGGUAGAAUCAGUGUUAACAUUGUGUUCUUAUCACAUUCACGUUUCUCUUCCUGUUCAUUUAACACGGCUGACUUCAUACACGCACGCAUACACAUACUCACAUGGUAUUUAAAAAAAAAUAUAUUUCUUAACUUAUUAGCAUGGUAGGCAAGUUGAUUCGCACAGGUGUGCGUGUCUUUGCAUGUACAGACAGUAGGCAAAAUAAACCUUUGUCAGGUUUUAAACAUUUGCUUUGAUUUGCAUGACAUAUUGCCUCAACCCCUUGAAACACUGCUAUCAAGACUUGCUCAUAACCCUCCAUAAAGGCUCUAGAGAGACCUUAUGUUAUCUAAAUAGCCCUUUGGUUUACAACUGUAGCUUCCUGUUACAGCUGUUCUUCCCCGAGCACAUGAUCUCAGACAGUGCUGAUGUCACCAAGGGCAUGACCUCAGCAGAACUCAUCCAGGUAAGCAGCCUACUGUAGGGAAAUAGAACAAGGCCUACUGCCCUGGUAUAGCUUCUCCUUUGUUCUGUAUGUUAGGUUUCACUCUAGCUGUGGAUAAACUAGAUGUGAAUCCCUAUAUCAGGUUGUCAGGAAAGUAUAUCAGGAAACAAAUUUAAUUGGCAGAUAUUGAGAAUGACAUUUCAAUCAUGUCAGAGGAUGUACAGAAACAGUCUUUUGGAAUGGUUUUUAGUUCAGUAGUUCAAGUGAUUUCAAUUUUGAACCUUGUUGAUUUCAAUGCUUUUCUUUGGUUUAUCCACUGUAUCUUUGUCUUUGACCCAGAUGUUGUUUCCUUGCCUCUCUCCAGAAUCUGCUGCAGUUGGGGACAUGUCCUGAGAUCCAGGGCUUCCUCCACGUCAGAGAGCCCAGCCGCAAAGCCUGGAAGAAAGUCUACUUCUUCCUCCGACGUUCAGGCCUCUACUGCUCCACCAAAGGCUCAUCAAAGGUUAGCCAUGGAGCACAACAUUUUGAUAGAAAUAGAACAUCCAGAACAGCUAGCCCCACUGAAAGUAAUUUACAAGAAAUGGCAAAGGUACAUAAAGAUGGUGGAUUUCAGAAAUUACGUUAUUGUUUUAGCACUAUGCACAGAGUUUCUAAACUACGGUGUGCGACAUGGUUUAAUAAACCAAUAAAUCAGCACAAUCUACUUUUUUGUUUUUUCAAAUUGGUGACGUCUUGGAGCUAAAAUUGGGAUCAUGUAUACUGUGCUAAUGACGACACAAAAAAAGGGUAACAGAGAGUAAUGUACAAGUGGCCAAACUUAGCACACAAUGUGUUUGUGGUAAGUGCAUGGAGGACACCAUUUUCAUACAUAUCCACUAUUUAAUGCACAUUCAUUUAGUUUUAGGCUUUCCAUUUCAAAUCAAUGGUUGAAUAACUUGGGGCCGCAUAGUUACUGUACAUGUAUGUAGAUAUUUGUAGUAUAUUGUUUCGAUAUGCCCCAUCGACAGAUAGCAUGGACUGUCUGACGGUCUGAUUGUCUGUCUCUGAUGGUCUGUGUGUCCUAGGAGCCCCGUCACCUCCAGUACGUGGCUGACCUGGAAGACCUGAACGUCUACAGUAUCACCAACAGCCGCAAGCUCUAUGGUGCCCCUGUGGACUUCACCUUCUGCGUCAAGGUAACCAUUACAACCAUCCAGGGCUCCGUUCAAGAGAACAAUGUUUAGAAAUGUUCUGAAAUAGGAUGCUUAGAUGUUUCUUUGUGUGUAGCCCAGCAAAGACCGUAUUCGUGCGCAGGACUUGAAGCUGCUGUGUGCGGAGAACGAACAAACACGCACCUGCUGGACCUCUGCAUUUAGACUAUUCAAGGUGAGGAGAAACCAGUACUCGAAUAUCAUUACAUCAUGACCUGAACUUUAUUAUGGAAGCAGAUUCAUGCCAAAACAAACACAAAUAAAAGGUAAGAUGGUGGAUAAAUAAUUUAAAAAAAACUUGAUAGAAACAUGUGCUUACAUUUUUACUUUCCUCCUGUGUCUGCCGGAGCAGUAUGGGAGGCAGCUGCAUUGUAACUACCAGCUGUCCCAGUCAGCACCUUGCCUUCUGGAGGCUGUGUCUCAGCGGUGUGAGUCGGAGGCCAGCCUGGUCGCCAUGGACUUUUCAGGGAAGGCGGGGGGCCGGGUCAUCCAGAAUGCCUGGGAGGCCCAGAGUGCAGAGAGGGAGGAGGGACAGGCAUGGAGGGUAAGGAUAACUGGGUAGGAUGGUGGGGUGGAGAAUGAAACUGGACAGAGAUAAAGAUCGUUGAGGUGUAUUUAUUUUUUAUCCUUUAUUUAACCAGCUAAGUCACAUUUAAGAAUUACAUAUAUUUUUCAAGUAAGCCCAGCAUACAUAUAGUUCCACAUGAGACAACACCACAUAAAACACAACAAUGAAUGGAAGUUAAAACAGUGCAAAGUGUUCCAAGAUAAUACAAAAAUAGAGAGGUCAGGUGACCAAGAGCAGGAACAUGGGGAUUGGGGUAAGAGGGUCACGGGAGGAAUAACAAGCCAACAGACCAGGUUGUUGUUGGAGGUGUGUUAGCAUUGUGUGCAGUCUGGAGUUACUAGUGAGUAUGACCUCUCUUGUCUCUCAGAGGAGAGAAGCCUUGAGGUGCAGCCUACCCAACCUUACCCCAGGAUCUCGGCCCUCUUGUGAGUCCAGUCAAACAAAUUGUUUCACAUUCACAGUGAUUCCCAAACAGAAUAUAUUUGUUCAGGACAUUGAUCUAAAUGGUAAAUGAGUGUGUGUUUGUGUGUAUUACACAGCCAUCCACAGGACCCAGCCCUGGUUCCAUGGUGGUGUGUCGCGAAAGCAGGCCCAGAGGCUGAUCGAGGAGCAGGGAUUGGUGGACGGGUGUGUGUGCUUGUUGUGGGCACAGCUUUGCAUGUAGCUCCUUUGCAUGUAGCUUAGUUUGUAAACAACAUGCUCACCUUGGGGUGACAUCUACCACAUUGUGUGUGUGUGUUUAGGAUGUUCCUGAUUCGUGAGAGCCAGCAGCAUGCCCAGUGUUUUGUCCUCUCGCUGUGUUACAAGCUGAAGACCAAACACUACCUCGUCAUCCCUGUGAGUGGACUUUCCUCUGCCCCGUCAUGUCAGCCUUGCAUUGUCCUUAUAGCCUUGCUAUCUCAUAGUCUCAUACUAGAUAUAUAUGAUACUGAUAGAGUAACCGUGUUUUUCAUCAUAAUUUGGCACAAACAGGUAUGCAGAUUACAGCUAGUUAUCUAACUCCGGUAUCAUAUAUAUGUUUUUGCGCUAAUUGUGUGAUCCUGACAGAUGAGCAUAUAAAUGAUUAUUUUAUUGUGAAACCCUUUCCUUAAACUCGUUUCUCUGUGCAGUGUGAGGAGGGCGGUAGGAAGUACUACACCAUGGACGAUGGCCUCACCCUCUUCAUUGACCUACUGCAGCUGGUGGAGUUUCACCAGAUCAACAAAGGCAUCCUCCCUGUCUGCCUCAAACACCCCUGUGUCUGUGUCGCCCUCUGACCACUGUGCUAGGGACACCCCAUAUGACUCCAGGGACACCCCAUAUGACUCCAGGGACACCCCAUAUGACUCCAGGGACACCCCAUAUGACUCC